CAUUUCUCGCUCUCUCUCUCUCUCUCUCCAGUGUACAUAUUCGGCCUUGCGACUCAUUCGUUGUGAAUAUUUCGUUGAUUCAUCGUGGAUCUGGAGACGAACGAGUGACUGCAGAUCCGGGGCGCAGACAGCGACGUGGGUUGCGCGCACGUGGAAGCAAGGUCAAGGCUCGGGUGGUGGUUCCACAGCAGGGCAGGGCAUGGAUCAGGUCAUGGAUCACGAUGGGCCGGAUGCGAAGGUUUUGGAUGUGGACUCUCAACCUAGCGACUCCGAUUCAGCAUUGGGAGCGUCACUGGUAUCCGACACCUCAUCUAUGCGGUCAUCUCUAUAUGAAGCCGUAGAAGAAAAUGGCCGUACCUACCACAAGUACAAGUCAGGAAACUACCAACUUCCCAACGAUGAGAUGGAACAGAAUCGACUUGAUCUACAACAUCAUCUCUUUCACUUAACAUUCGAUGGUAAACUCGCUCUUGCGCCCAUUUCCAAUCCUCACGUGGUGCUAGAUAUGGGCACGGGAACUGGUAUCUGGGCAAUGGAAUAUGCAACUCAAAAUCCAUCAGCAAGUGUCCUCGGAACAGACCUAAGUGCCAUCCAGCCCCAAUACGUCCCCCCAAACUGCCGUUUCGAAGUCGACGACGCAGAAGACGAAUGGACCUACUCCUCCAAAUUCGACUACAUCCACGGUCGUGCCAUGUUCUCCUGCUUCAAAGACCCCUCCUCCGUCUUCAAAAAAGCCUACGACGCACUACAACCAGGCGGCUGGUUCGAGAUGCAAGAUGUCUACUUCCGACCCCACGCCAACGAUGACACGGUCAAGGGUACCCGUCUCGAAGCCUGGAACGCGAAAGUCGUCGAGGGCGCGAAGAGCUUUGGGAAGGAUUGGUGGUGUACGCCGAAUUAUGCCAAAUGGUUCCAAGAAGCAGGCUUCCACACAAUAACCGAGCGCCAAUUCGCCUGGCCAGGCAACAGCUGGCCGAAAGGCAAGAAGCAAAAGGAGAUGGGGAUGACGAUGCUGGCGAACGGGCUGGAGGGACUAUCUGCGGUUAGUUUGGCGGUGUUGACGCGGGCGUUUGGGAUGAGUGUCGCGGAGGUGGAGGAGAUGUUGGAGGGGGUUAGGGCCGAUAUGAAGGAUCGGCGGAUUCAUGCUUUUUAUCCUGUGUGAGUGGACUGAAAGGGGAGAGGGGAGCGAGAGGAGAGGAGGAAGAGAGGACAGGAGAGGCUAAUCGUGUGUUAGGUAUGUUGUUUAUGGGAGGAAACCGUUGGAGAAGGAGGGGU